GUGGUGAAUAAGGUCAAGAUAGACUUCAUCCACGACUCCUAUGAUGAGAUCGCGAAGUCGGUCCUUUCGGACAUCCGCUUCUUACCGGACUUGCUUGACUUCUCUGCCAACGAGAAGGAUAACAUCAACGAUGAAACAUGCGAGUUGUUGCAGCCGUACUUGCAGUUGGAGAACUUCAACCCUGCUGUGGCAAAGAAGGCCUCUGGGGCUGCGGAGGGUCUAUGCAAGUGGGUGGGCGCGAUGGUCAUGUACCAUGAGGCUGCGAAAAUCGUUAAGCCAAAGAUGGACUAUUUGAAGGUGCAAACGGCAAAGUUGGAAGCAGCGAUGACAGAGCUGGGCGAAGCCGAAGCCGAGCUUGCUGCAGCGCAGCAGUGUUGGAUGGCCUCAAUGCCCAAUUCCAGGAAGCCAUGGAUGGGAAGAAUGCUCUCGAGGAGAAGGCUAAUGUUACGAAGAACAAAAUGGACCAG